AUGUCGAUUGCUAAGUCUAAAUUAGUUCUCGAGAAUUUUGAGGCCUUGGAAGUGAAGAUGAAAGAGUUAGAGGCUUUAUUAAAUGAGGCUCUUAAAGAAAAAUAUAUAGCUAAAAUGGUCAAACAUGCAACCACCUAUGUUCAUAAGAAUGUUAAACGAGCUUUAAGGGAAAAAUUGAAGGAGAUGAAAGAGAUUAGGAAGGCCCUAGCUACAGUAACCAAAGAGUGGGAUGAGGCUUAA